UUAUGAAUGAAAUGUAUUGUGCGGUAUCAUUUACCUUUCGAUUUUCACGUGUUAGCGCGCGAACUUGACAGGUGACAUGAAAAAAAGGAUAAGUUGAUAUUGUGAAAAUAUAUGUUCCUCUUGUGCCUUAUAAAACUUGUAUCAUUCGUUUCUUCUUAUUGCUCGUGUCAGAAAAGGAUCAAUUUUUGUGCAUAUCAUUAUUCGUGCUCUAUAAAAUAUUAUGUCGAAAUAUAAGAGACGCAUUGUCUCUGUGAUUGUAAGAAAGACUAGCGAUCAAUACUAUAGCUUGAUUAAUUAAUCAUUCGAAAAUUUAUGAUAUGGUGCAUUUUGGACAUGCAAAUUCAUUGAGGCAGGCUAAAGCAUUAGGGAAUUAUUUGGUUGUUGGUGUUCAUACGGAUGCAGAAAUUACAAAGCAUAAGGGUCCUCCAGUUUUUACAGAACAAGAGAGAUAUAAAAUGGUUCGCGGUAUAAAAUGGGUAGAUGAAGUAGUUGAAGGUGCUCCUUAUGUUACUACAUUGGAAACAUUAGAUAAAUACAAUUGUGAUUUCUGUGUACAUGGUGAUGACAUAACAAUGACUGCGGAUGGAAUAGAUACUUAUCACUUAGUUAAAGCAGCUGGUCGUUACAGGGAGGUUCAAAGAACAGCAGGAGUUUCAACUACAGAUCUUGUAGGACGUAUGCUUUUAAUGACACGUCAACAUUUCAAACAAGGAGAUAGUGAAUAUACCGUUGAUAGAGAACCUAGCAAAAGUAUGGGUCAAGAUCGCACAGCAAGAAGCCCAUGGACUGGUUGUUCUCAGUUUCUUCCCACUACUCAAAAAAUUAUACAAUUCAGUGAUGGCAAAAGUCCUCAGCCGGAUGACAAAAUUGUUUAUGUUGCUGGAGCAUUUGAUUUAUUUCAUGUUGGACACUUAGACUUCUUAGAAGUUGCAAAGAAAGAGGGUGACUAUCUUAUUGUUGGCCUCCAUACAGAUCCAGCUGUUAACCGUUACAAAUGUGGUAAUCAUCCAAUCAUGAAUCUUCAUGAACGUGUUCUUAGUGUACUAGCAUGUAAGUAUGUGAAUGAAGUUGUAAUUGGUGCUCCAUAUGAGGUUACUAAAAAUCUUAUGGAACACUUUAAUGUUUCUAUCGUGUGUCAUGGACAGACACCAAUAAUGCCAUGUGAAGAUGGCUCAGAUCCAUAUGUAGAACCAAAAAGACAAAACAAAUUUAAGUUACUGGAUAGUGGCAAUGAUAUGACAACAGAAAAAAUUGUUGAAAGAAUAAUUCUACAUAGGUUGGAAUUUGAGGAUAGAAACUUAAAGAAGGAAAAGAAAGAGCUUGCGGCUUAUGAAGCCUUUGUGAAAUCUAAAACAAAUGGAAAGACUGCAUAAUCAAUUUUUGCAUAAUUACUAUGUGUGAUAAUCAAUUUUAUAGAAUUAAUUUGUAAAUACAUAAACUCUCGGAUUAUAUUAAUUUAUUCAAUUUAGAAAAGAAAGAUAGAAGUGUAAUUUCUUAAUUGAUUGAAAAACUUUGAUAUAUUGUGAAGAAAUUAAAUUUUCUUUGGAACAUAUCGAAAAUUUGGCAAAAUUGAGUGACGAUAUGUUAUUAAUUUUCUGUUUAAGUUAAAAAAUAUCUAUUCAUUAUACAUAAUUUAAAGAAAAAUAUAUAUAAUAUUUAAUAUCAUAUACAGUUGCUAUAUGUAAGCAUGAUAUCUUACAAGUAAAUUAAAUGUUUUAUUAAUUAAUAUAAAUUAUGAUUUUACUGAGAUGUGUAUUUUACUAUUGAUUGCAUAGUAACUUUAUUAAAAAUAUGUAGUAUAGUUGCUACAUGCAAAUUCACUUGAGUCUACUAAAUUACUAAAUUAUAUUUUAUGAGUGCAUAUUUGCUGGAAAACAAAAGUAUGCAGUUAAAUGAGAUUGUCUCAAACUUUUUUUUGUAUUCAAUAAAAGUUUAAUAUUACAUUUAAAAGAUGAACUUAUGAACAUUAUGAAUAUAUAUAUAUAUAUAUAUAUAUAUAUAUAUAUAUAUUUAUUUAUAUUCAUAAUGUCAUUUGUUUAAAUUAUAUUUGUAGUCCAGUUGUUUUACUUACGCGUGAAAUAACUAUUCUAAUUUGAAAUUUUUAUUUUUAUUUUUCUUGUAGUUUAAUUAAAAGAAAUUAAUUUAAAUAAAACCAUUAGAUUGUAAUGUUAUCAAGUUAAGCUUUAUGGGCCUAUACAAAGAUAUAAUAAUGAUAUUGAGCCAAAGGUUGUAAAAUAAGUGUGUGGCAAUUGUUGAUAUUACGAAUCAUAAUGAAGCAAAAUUAUAUAGGAUUGCUAUAUGUAAGCGUGUCUUUAUACAUCGAUAAACCAAAUAGUAAAAAUAGCAUGUUUAGGGUGAGUGCAAUACGCUUAUAAUUUUUCUGAGAUACGUAUACAUAUAAUAGCAUAUGCACAUUCUCAAUUUACAUUUUUAUGUAAUUUUAGUUAAUAUUUAUAUGUAUAUUUAUAUUUUUCAUUAUAUAUAUAUAUACACAAUAGGUUGAUGUUAAUUAACGGUUUAAUUAUUAAUUUAAAAUUGAAUUUUUAUUGUAAAGAAAAUAUGCUUCUCUCGUAAUGUAUAAAAGCACGUAGCUACAUAUGUAAAAAAGAAAAGACAGUGUUUAUCACAGACUUCCUGUGAUAAUUAUAUUUAUUAUGAGAACAGGAAAACGUCUAAUACUGUAUGUUAAAGCAACGAAUAAUAACUUUUAAUUAGAAUUUUUGCACGACAUAUGUGCCUUCGAAUAUUAUUUUUCUUCGUAAAGUAUGGAUAUCAAGUACUAUGUGUAAUUAUUGUAUUGAUUUCCUACUUAAUAUAAAGUUCUAAGUCUGUGUUAAUAAAUGUUGGUUCAAUAUAUUAUAUUUCAUGGGUUUGUUCAAAAAAUUAUGCAAAUCAAAAAUAUACAGGACCGAAAAUACAUAUCUCGUUUCGUCGUUUCGAAGGUUGUCUAGAUUCAAUUAGCAUAAAAUAGUGCACGAAACAAUUGUUGAACUUGAACAAUCAUUUAGUGAUAGAAAAAAGCAGGUCUAUCAGAAAAAUAGAAAAAUUAAAGAAAAAAAGAAAUUAAUUUUCACAAUUGUUCGUUACUACAAGAUAUUGUACGAGAUGUCGAAUCGUAAUUUAUAACAUUGUAACGAUAUCGUCAUAUUGUACAGCGUAAUUUUAUGAAAGAAACGUCGUUACUACUAAACGAAAUGUAAUACAAGGAUAUUUGAUUAACCUUGUUUUAUUUUAUAAUAAAUAUAAUAUCAAACAUA